AUGAAUCGAUCAAUGUCUUUUGUUAUGAUACUGGCGAUUCUUGUCUCUGUGGCUGACGCUGCGUGGGAAGACGCUCACGCUACGUUUUACGGCGACAUUAGCGGCAAAGAAACCAUGCAAGGAGCAUGUGGUUAUGGAGAUCUAUUCCAAGAAGGUUAUGGGUUAGAAACGGCGGCGCUAAGCACGGCGCUCUUCAACAACGGCCAAACAUGCGGUGCUUGUUUCGAGCUAACGUGUGUAAAUUCACAAUGGUGUAAACAAAACGCCGGUACAAUCAGAAUCACAGCAACCAACUUCUGCCCACCCAACUACACCCCACCGGUUGAUAUCCACUGGUGCAACCCUCCUAACAAGCACUUCGAUCUAUCCAUGAAGAUGUUCACUUCCAUCGCCGAGUACAAAAGUGGGAUCGUUCCUGUGAAGUUCAGGAGAGUGAAGUGUCAGAAGAGAGGUGGUGUGAGGUUUGAGGUCAAGGGAAACCCUAAUUUCAUUAUGGUUUUGGUGUAUAACGUUGGAGGAGCUGGAGAUGUUAACAGCCUGGCUAUUAAGGGGCAUAAGAGUAACUGGAUCUCUAUGCAGAGGAACUGGGGGCAGAAUUGGAACACUGGUGUGGGUUUAGUCGGACAAAGACUCUCGUUUACAGUGAAGACCAGUGAUGGUAGGAGCUUGACGUUCUAUGAUGUUGCGUCGGAGUCUUGGGGGUUCGGUCAAACUUUUGAAGCGAAAUCAAACUUUUAUUAG